AUAUGGCGGCCCCCGAUGUAAAAUUAGAAAAAUGCGAAGUAUGUGAUGCAAACAAAGCAAAAUAUACUUGCCCAAAAUGUGAGGUUAGAACGUGUUGUCUUGCAUGUGUAAAUAUUCAUAAAAAAGAACUCGAAUGUGAUGGAAUUCGAGAUAGACUGAAAUUUAAAACAUUAGCAUCGUUUACUGAUUUAGAUUUGUUAAAUGAUUAUCGAUUACUUGAAGAAAUUGGCAGAUCUGUUGAUCAAUUAAAAAAUAAUCCAUUAAAAAGAUUUUCACGACACUCCGAGUUACCUUUGCAUUUAAACCGACUCAGAACAGGUGCUUAUAAUAGGAAAGUUAAUCUCUGUUUCAUGCCACAACAUUUUACUAAACAUAAAAAGAAUACAACAUUUUUAAAAUGGAAAACAAAUGAACUUUUUUGGAGAGUAGAGUGGAUAUUUCCACAAGCAGAAAAUAUAAUACAGAUCACAGAAAGAGCUUUAGAAACAGUUCGUUUGUCAACACUUUUAGAGCAAGUUUUGUAUCCUCUCAAUGCAACGGAGGAAAAAAGUAAUAUUGAAGAACUAAAUUUGAAAUUAAGUUUAAAUAAUAAAUUACAAUUUUAUCAAGCUGCCGGUUUUAGUGGAUUGAAAGUUCUUCUUAAAACUGAGAGGAUAGUGAAAUCUAGUAAUAGAUACCACGAGUUAGAUGUAUCACUUACACUGAAGGAAAAUUUAGAAAAUAAAACUGUGGUUGAAUUUCCGACAUUAUACGUAAUUUUGCAACAUCAUAUAGAUAUGUAUGAAAUUGUAGACACAGACGAUGAGGAAAUUUUUCCUAAGAAAAAAUUUCAACAAAAAAGUAAAUGGUCGCAUACAGACAAAGGCAAUAACAAAAAACAAAACACAAAUGAACCUGUAAAUUAUUUUUUUAAUACUAAUAUAGAGUCUGAUGAAGAAUUAGAUAUUGCGAGUAAUAAACAACAAGGUAGAGAACACGAAAGAAAAAAUUCUAGUUUUGAUAUACCUAAAUAUGAUGAACUGAUCAAUACAGUACAAUAGUAUAUUAAUAUAUUAUUAUU